CACCUUAAGCCGGCGCACGAACCAUAGUGUUUUUCACCAUGGUUGUGACUCCGUUUUACAAUUACGCGAUUAGUUUUUUUUGCAUUAUCGGUUUGGGUUUAUCGAUUUAUGCCUACAUCGUGGAAUUGCAAGUCGAAAAUGACAGCAAAUAUGUCGCCAUGUGCGAUAUUAGCGAACACAUGAGCUGUUCCAAAGCAUUCAAGUCCGAGUAUGGCAAAGGAUUGGGCCUCGUCUCCAAGGACUCGAUCUUUUACAAGCCUAAUAGCCUGCUGGGAAUUUUAUUUUACAGCCUAACGGCAACUCUAGCUCAAUCAAAUUCUUCGAUCAUCAGCCGACUUUCCUAUUGGUCAAUUUUUUUAGCGAAUCUUACGUCACUUUAUUUCGCGUACAUCCUUUAUUUCAAAUUGUACGACUUUUGUAUUGUUUGCGUUUCUACCUAUGUUGUUAACAUCAUUUGUUUGAUUUUGACAAAUUUGAAACUGCGUAAAUUGACAGCUUUGGAAAUUGAUGCCACUAGGAAAACAGAUUAACAAUAGAGGGCGCUCUGUCUCAAGACUGUCUAUUAUAUAACUUGUUAUUUUUGAUGUUCAUAUAAUAAAAAAUGAUAGAGAA